GCAUCUGAUUGGCUGAGUCGCGCGUGUCGACUCCUGUCGAAGAUGGCGGCGCUGUGUGUGUGCCGAUUUGCUAGAAGAGGCUGGCUGUGGAAGGGUGCCUUGGCUGCACGCAGGGACUUUUGGUCUCGAUCCAGAAAGGAAAAGGAGCCAGUGGUGGCUGAGGCAGUGGAAGAAGUGAAGACAGAACCUGUUUUGGUGUGUCCACCCUUACGAAGCCGAGUGUAUACACCUCCUGACGAUCUCCAGAGUCGCUUGGAAUCCUGUCUUAAAGAAGUUCUUGGUUCAUCUCUUCCUAGUAAUUGGCAAGACAUCUCCCUGGAUGAUGGUCAUGUGAAGUUCAGACUCUUAUCACAUUUAGCUGAUGACUUGGGCCAUGCAGUGCCUAACUCCAGGCUUCACCAGAUGUGCAGGGUCGGAGACGUUCUUGACUUCUAUAAUGUUCCAUCAGUUCAAGACAGAUCUAAAUUUGAUGAACUCGUUGCCGGUAAUUUGCCUCCCAAUUUGAAAAUCAGUUGGGGUUACUGAGCAGGUCAGCAGUUGACUGCAUUGAGAUGUUGUACUCUUCUCACUGAGGUGGCCGACAAACCUUGUGAAGUGUUACCCUUCAGAACUCUUCUCAAACCUCCCUUCCUUUACUGUUUUGUUUUUUCCUGUAGAAGAAUACAUCUUUUUUUCUCAUGAAUCAACAAAGAAAACGUUUUCACAUUUGCUAAAGCUAUCUCCCAACCCCCAAUAAAAUCAAGUUUUGAUAAUUUA